GGAGAGUAGUCGUAUUACGGACGAUAGUCCCAAUCUAUCAAAUAAUGAAGAGAAGCCCCCCACUUUCAGCAAGACUUUUGUCAUCCUCGGCAAAACUGUCCCAGUGUACAUAUGAGGCGACAUUGUAUGGUAAAUGUGUUGUAAGUAGAGAAGUUGUGCAGAAAAAUGAUUGUUUAAAAGAAUUUGAGGCAUUACGAAAUUGUAUAAAGAAGGCUGCCAAAAAGAGCAAGUAGUGAGUGAUAUUAUUAAACCGAGACCAAAGCAAUACAAUGAUUUGCCGUGUUUGUAAAUUUGAUUCAAUCGUAGAAGAUGAAGGAACAUUAGUGUGUAGUAAUUGUGGAACUAUAGUUGAUGCUCAGGUUCUGCAAUUAAAACAUCGCGUAGAUGAGGAGGGUGGCAAUAAUUAUAUAGAUUUUCAUGUUAAAUUAUCAGGGAAGCGAAAAUACACUGCAGAACCAGAAUGUUUACACAAAGGUCGUCUUCGUACUGAAAAUCUUUGUGAACGGCUAAAACUACCCAAACAUCUGACAGAAGAAGCUUUGCAAUAUUUUGUAAAGUUGUUUUAUAUGGAUACAUUUAAAGGUAAAAGGUCUGAAUCAAAAUUAUGUUUGGCCAGUGUGACCGCUUAUAUUGUGGCACGAAUGCACAAUUAUCCUGUUUUGAUUAAAGACAUGCUUUCCCUUCUAGAAAAUGACACAGAAAGAGAUGUAUUUCAUAUGAUUUUACAAAGGGCGAAGUUAGGACUUAAUAUAUUUUUCCCUAGUCUUUCUGCAGAAGAAUCAACGAUAAGUAUUUUGGAAAAAUCAAGAUUUCCUGCAUCGCUCAUAGAUCAAACUAUUGAACUAGUCAAAAUGUCUUCUGAAUUAUGGAAACAACACUGUCUUAGGCCAGAAACAGUUGUCGUUGCUUGUGCUCACAUAAGUUGGUUAGGUUCAAACCUCUGUGAUAAUCUUAAAUUACCUAUCCCUAAAUUCUGUGAGAGAUUUUUUCUUAAUAAACACAACAACUCAAGAAUAAUCAGCAUCCAAUUGAAAAGCAAGUUAUGUAAAAUGGCCGAGUGCAUCCCUUGGGUAGGCAAGGUAACAGAGAAAAAGGUAGCCAUGUAUUUACCUGAUAUCAUUUCCUAUCAGCGAACUCUUUUCAGUAAAGCAUUUGAUAAUGCAGAAUUUCUUGAAGAGUUAUUUCCCAAACGAUCUAAACCUGACACUCGCAUAGAAGAAGAAGAAAUCAACAAAAUAGAUGAAAAAAUCCGCCGAGAAAAUCCAAAACUUCACUAUACUGAGCUUGGUGAAGAUGAAUUUCAAAAUGAAAUGGACGAAUACAUAAAAACUGAUGCUGAAAGACAAUUUUUUGAAGAAAUGCAAACUAUGAACAAACUGUAACCUUCUCGAUAUAUAUAUUGUUUAGAUUAAAUUAUUGUUUUUAUAGUUUC